AUGGUUGAAAACCCCUGUGUGGCCUUUAUGUUCAUAUUUACGGCGUUUGUGUCAUUGCAAAGCCUACAGAGUGUGCUUCAUUCGUCAGGUAUCGGACUUGUAUCUUUAAGUUGUAUAUAUACCAGUACUGUGAUUUCCUGUUUAUUUGCACCAUGGUUAAUUAGCAAAAUCACCACCAAAUGGACCAUUGUGGCAGCCUUCGCUGUUAUUACUGCUUAUUUUGGCGCCAAUUUUUUCUCUUCGCAUUUUGUACUUAUACCUUUUGGAAUUUUAAUGGGAUUGAUGGCUGGUCCUUUAUGGAGUGCCCAGGCAACUUAUAUAACAACAUUGUCAAUCACCUAUGCUAAACAUAUGCAAAUGGACGAAUGUGACUCAAUGAUAAACAAGUUCAUGGGGUUAUUUUAUGGCUGCUACCGGAGUAGUCAAAUUUGGGGGAACCUCAUUUCUACUGUGGUUCUGCACUCCAACGUUUCUUAUGGCAAUCUGUUCGACAAUACGACCUACACCAGACAUUGUGGUGCUAGUCAAUGUGAUAUCCAUUCCAAUGAAUUGUCAAAUUUUGAUAUUGUGGUUCCAGAUUCCACCAAAUACAUGUUAUUAACAAUAUUCUUGGCUUGUGGCAUCAUGGCAAUAGUUAUAAUCUGUGUUCUACUGGACAAUACUGAAAUUGUCAAAACGGAUUUUGAAUCCGAAUUGAACCUAACGAACUCCGAUACGUUGAUAUCCACGUUGAAUAUGUUAAAGGAUCCUAAAUGUUUGCUAUUGAUACCAUUGGUAUUAUUUGUUGGGUUAGAACAAGGUUUUGUGUUCGGCGAUUUUACCAAGUCGUAUGUAAACUGUACUUUAGGAGUCAAUGGUAUUGGUCCUUUAUUGGUUUGUUUUGGUACAGUUAGUUCAAUAUCCUCCUUAGUAAUUGGCUUCAUAUCCAAACAUAUCAAGCGAUUUGCCUUCAUUAUAGCGGCAGCCAUUUUUAAUAUUGGUUUAUUGAUUGUUUUAUGGUUAUGGCGCCCUCUUCCUAUUGAUAUCCCCAAUUUCUAUGUAAUUGCUGGAUGUUUGGGAUUAUGUGAUGCUAUCUGGCAGACACAGACAUAUACUUUGUUCGGUGUUCUCUUUGCUCACAAACAGGAAGCUGCGUUUUCUUCAUACCGGAUGUUCCAUGCUACUGGAUGUGCCGUUGCCUUUGGUUACAGCUACUUCCUGUGUGUAGAGACGAAAGUUUACAUCAUGGCUGCCGUCCUAGCUAUAGCACUAUCGCUCUACAGUAUUAUUGAAAUAAAAUUACAAAUUUACAAUAGACAGUUGAAAGAAAUUGUGGCUUUAUAAGUAAACUAUGAACGAACUAACGAAGGAAAAAUGAGUGAAGAAUGACGAUUUUCAUUUGGAAUGAAAAAUUUGCAAAAAUUGGAAUUAGGCUAAGGAUUAAUCUUAAAGCUAAUGAAAUUUUUAUUGAAGUUUCAAACAUUUUUUCACAACAUUAUAUUUUGGUUGGAGGCAUGUUGGAUUAUGCAUUUACAAUAAUUUUUUUUUAAUUUUUUCAUUGCGCCAACGUUCGGGCUUGUGCAAAUCUGUUCAAAAUGGGCUACGGUAUUACAAGAAUAAGAUAUGGAAACUUUGCAUUGAAAAUGUUUCAUCCAAUUUCCAUUUUUGCUGUAGACAUUUUAUAGAUUUAACUCGAGAAUGAUUUCAAUUUCAUUCUCCAAGAUAUGAUUUAUCUUUCAAUGUGAUUUAUAAUAAAACAUUUUCAGUCGAUUUUUCAA